AUGCCGAGGAAAUUGUGCUGGCUUUUCAAUCGGAACAAGCCGAAAGAUAAAGCGGGUUCCCAACAGAUAAGCACCAACAUUGAAGACAACGGCCUCAAACUACUAUAUACAGGCUCAGACCCACAAUUCGAUAUCGUCGCAGUCCACGGACUAAACGGCCACCGCGAAAGAUCAUGGACAGCAUCCAACGGCGUUAACUGGCUUCGAGAUUUGCUGCCAGCUGAUCUUCCUCAGACCAGGAUAUAUACCUGGGGUUACAAUGCACCGCCUGGGACAACUUCUCUCCAGGAAAUCUCCGAGAGAUUGAUCUCUGAUCUUUGGGAGAUGAGAGAGUCUACAGCAACACAUAAUCAUCCCGUUAUUUUCUUCGCACAUAGUGUUGGGGGGUCUGUCGUCAAGAGUGCUCUACUAUACUCCGACUCGGCACAAGAGACUUCAAUCCACCACCUUCGGAGUAUUAGCCUCUCAACGAAGGGAAUGUUCUUCAUUGGCACACCAGAGCUAGACUCUAGACUUGCGGGAUUACAAAGUUUCGUCUCUACUUUCAAGGGAACCGACCAGGAGCAAAGCGACAGUUAUAAGGAAGCAAGCUGGCUAGUUGAUCUAUUGGAGCGGUUUUCUUCAUUCGGCGGGAGUUUUCGAACGGUUUUCGUUUAUGAAAGGCCUAAUAAUGCCUCGUCAGCACAGAGUAUUCCAUCACCGCCGCACAAGCUCGCUUCAUGUAUGGCAAUUGAUGCUGAUCAUAAUCACAUGAACAAGUUUGGAUCACCUUUGGACGUUGGGUAUUUGAGGAUCAAGGAAUAUCUACUUGAAAUGACUGAAAAUGCCGAUGAGGGCAGUCCGUGGGAAUAG